AUGGCAAACUCAGAGGCUGAAACGAGCAGUGAUGCUGCACAAGUAUUAGGAGGCGAGUACCAAGUGUUCCUGAGUUUCAGAGGACCUGACACUCGUGUUGGAUUUACUGACUUCCUCUACCACGAGUUGGUAGAUGCUGGAGUCCAUGUAUUCAGGGACAAUGAGGAGCUUCGUGUUGGCGAUGUAAUUGAUGGGAGCCUUUUGCAUGCUAUCAACAACUCCAAAAUCUACAUACCCAUCUUCUCUCAAACUUAUGCUUCUAGUAGAUGGUGCCUCUGGGAGCUUGUGCACAUAGUAGACAACGUGUCCAAGUCAAAAGGUAAAAAAACAAUCCUUCCUAUUUUUCUUGACGUGGAACCUGAGGACGUGAAACUUAAGACUCCACAAUAUGAAAAUGAUUUACGAAAACAUGCGAAGAAGUUUCCUGAUGAAGUCAAGGCUUGGAGAGUGGCUCUGGAAAAGGCGGGUAAAAUCAAGGGAUUGAAUGUGAAAUCAAGCCCAGCAAAAAUUGUCAAAUUGGUUGUUGAAAUGGUUUUGGAGAAGCUUGAGACAAAAAAAGAAACAGUGACUAAACAUUUACUUGGACUUGAUAAUCGGGUAAAACACUUGAUAGAGUCAUUAGAUGUCAACAAUCCUGAUGUGCGCCUCAUUGGAAUUUUUGGAAUGGGUGGCAUCGGUAAAACAACUAUUGCCAAGGUUGUUUAUAAUCAACUAUCUUCCCACUUUGGAAAGUGUUGUAGCUUCCUUGAGAACGUUCGAGAAAGGUCAUCAACUGAGGAGGGCACAGUCAAGUUGCAGAAAAAAUUAUUAUUGGACGUUGGCUCUAGAUCUGUGGAAAAGGUUGAGGAUGUUGCAAAAGGAAUGAAGAGGAUUGGAGAAACACUCGGUAACAAAAAGGUCCUUGUGGUUCUGGAUGAUGUUCAUGAUAAAGAGCACAUUAAGAAACUAAUAAGAAUUUCCAAAUUAUAUUCAGGAUCAAGGAUAAUCAUUACAACGAGAGACACAACCACUCUAGACAUUGAGGGAUUUAUAGGUGAAAUUCUACGGUAUGAGAUGCAAAAGAUGGAUGAUAGUCUUGCCCUUCAGCUUUUUUGUCAGCAUGCCUUUGGUAGAGAUGUCCCUUCGAAUGAUUUUCAUAAGCUUUCAAGUGAAAUUGUCUCACUUAUGGGAGGGCUUCCUUUGGCCAUUGAAGUGGUAAGUUCGUUACUUAAGGAGACGAAAGACGAAGAACUUUGGAAAGAGGCGUUAUUCAAAUUAAGGAAAGCACCUGAGGAAGCGAUUCUAGAGAAGUUGAAGAUUAGCUAUGCCAACCUACACAAAACUCAGCAACAAAUUUUUCUUGAUAUAGCAUGCUUCUUUGUCAAUGAGAAGAAGACUGAUGCAACUUACAUAUGGGCUGAUUGUUAUUGUUAUCCCGUAAGAGGAAUUAAAGUCCUUACCGAGAGGUGCUUAAUAAAGAUAUUGCAGGGUGGGAAGCUAUGGAUGCAUGAUCAACUAAUAGCAUUGGGAAGGCAAAUUGUCCGUGAUGAAAGUCAAGAUGGCCUUGGAAAGCAAAGUAGGUUGUGGAUCGUAGAAGAGGCCCUCGAAAUCAUAAAAACCAAAGAUAGGAAGGACAAGGUUCAAGCCCUACAAAUAGUUAGACCAUCUUACAACAUAGAGAUCACAAAUGAAGAGUUUGAAAGGUUACAAAACCUAAGAUGCCUCAAGUUAAACGAGGGAACUUAUGUUGGGGACUUUGCAAGGUGUCAGUCGAAUUUGAGAUGGUUUUCUUGGCAUUCUCCUAAAGCGAUGGAUUUUAGGGCAAAAAAUUUGUAUUUGGUUCACCUUGUUGUUUGUAAACUUGAUGAUCUUAACUUCAAGGAUGAUUCAAAAGCAUGGGACUUGAUCAAGAGGUCACAAAAUUUGAAAGUUCUAUCUAUGACUUCAUGUUAUGGCAUAACGACAAUCCCAGACAUCUCUAGAUGCUUGGCUUUAGAGAUGUUGACUCUUGCAAACUGUUGGAAUCUAAAGAAAAUUGAAAGCUUCAUUGGAAAUCUACACUCGUUGAUUGAGUUAAAGAUCGAAAAGUGCAGUAAUUUUACAGAUUUGCCUGAAGAAGUAGGGGCAUUGGUGAAGCUGAAGCACUUCUCCUUGUCGGGAUAUGAGGGAUCAUAUUCUCUGGAGGGUAAUGCUGGGCUGUUACCUAGUGGCAUUAGCAUGUUGAGAAAUCUUGAAGAGCAGGAUUACCAUGAGUAUGGUGGAUUAUCAUACUUGAAGAACCUGAAGAACUUGCAAAUCAAAGAGUGCGACGUACUUACUGAUGUCCAGGGCCUAAAUGAGCUACGGUCUCUGCAAUCCUUGUCGGUCAGCAAAUGCCCGUUAUUGAGAAGCUUGAUUGAUGCAUAUCGCACAAAUAUACCAGAUGAUACCUUCGUCCAAAUAGACUUGUUUGGAGACUCUAUUGAAGAUUAUGUUUGGAGCGGAAGGACGUCAAAGCAUUCCAUAGGAGAGAUUUUUUUGGCCACUCCCUACAAGGUGGAACUUCCCUUCACGAUCAUAUUCGUCCUUGGAGCAGAGAAGAAGAGCGAGGGGUUUGGGUUUGCUGGUGGAAUAAAGAGGAUAAAAGAAGAUGUGACUCCAGGUUCAGUGACAUAUAGAGAAUUGAUUGCUGACGUCGAAGGUUACGGCUUUCGUAUGGAGAGAAUGUGGUAUGUGGCUCCUGGUAUGGGCCACACGUUGCUCAUAGAGAUCAAGGGCGAUGAGCAAGUGAACGGAAUGGUGCAAGCAGCAUCUCAAAAAGGGUUCAUUGAUUUGUACGUCGAGGUCGGGACUGACAUUCGAUCGCAAGAAGCAAUAAUUUGGGCCAGCCAACGAGACUCCUCCGUACAUUUGUUGCUUCUCCUUUGUGCGUUUUUCCUGAGUCUCUUGCUUUCGCGGGUUUUUCCGGGAAAGCCGCAUUUUUCUCAAUUUUUUCUCAGGGUAUUAUUUAGAAUGGGUGUUGAUCUUGUUGGGAUUUUCGGUGGAUCAUUUUAA